AGGCGCGCGUUCAAAUAUUCAGACCGAGGUUCUACUCAACAAAAACACUCGCGAAAAACAGCUUAAAAAUAUAAACACCGCCUUUUAUUCAUCGAGAUACAUAUAGUAUAUGUAAGUAAGCGGUACGUCUCACACUGUUCCUCUGUGAGGCGCGACUUGACGGUGAUGGGUGUCUCUGAGCUCUGGUCGAUCCUGGACCCGGUCCGUGAGUCGGUUCCGCUCUACAGUCUGUCGGGGAAGACCCUCGCCGUGGACCUCAGCCUGUGGGUGUGCGAGGCCCAGCACGUGCAGGGCAUGAUGGGAAAAGUCACCAGACCUCAUCUCAGGAACCUGUUCUUCCGCGUGUCUUCGCUCACGCUGAUGGGAGUGAAGCUGGUGUUUGUGAUGGAGGGAGACGCCCCGAGCAUCAAAGCCCAGACCAUGAGCAAACGCAACGAGAUGAGAUACGCCCGAGCCAAGGCCAAGCCGGGGGCAGCUAAAAACACCAGCAGAGGCCGAUUCAAGGCCGUCCUGAGAGAGUGUGCCGAGAUGCUGGACUGUCUGGGAGUGCCGUGGGUGACGGCGGCCGGCGAGGCGGAGGCUAUGUGUGCCUUUCUGGACUCUCAGGGUGCCGUGGACGGAUGCAUCACUAACGACGGAGAUGCCUUCUUAUACGGCGCUCAGACCGUCUACAGGAACUUCAACAUGACUACAAAGGAUCCUCAGGUGGACUGCUAUCAGACGAGUCGUGUUCGGGCUGAGCUCGGGCUCUCCAGAGACUCUCUCGUGGGACUGGCCGUCCUGCUGGGCUGCGACUACAUCCCCAAGGGCGUCGCUGGAGUCGGCAAAGAACAGGCGCUGAAGCUGAUUCAGAAUCUGAAAGGAAAAAGUCUUCUGCAAAAGUUCACUGAGUGGGGCUCAGACAGAGCUGAGGGGUCAGAGGUCGUGGUGAAGAAGGUCACACACUGUCUGGUCUGCCGGCACCCGGGCUCUGCUAAAGCUCACGAGCGCAGCGGCUGUGUUUUCUGUGAGAGCCAGCGCUUCUGUUCGCCGCAGGACUACGACUCCCAGUGUCCCUGUGACUGGCACCGCACCGAACACACUCGCCAGGCCUCCUCCGUCGAAGCCAGCGUCAGGAAGAAGACGCUGGCGAGUGAGCACUUCCCCUUCACGGAGGUCAUCAGGGAGUUUCUGGAGACGAAGGAUCGAGCGAGCGCCCCGUUCCGCCGGAGGAAGCCCAGUCUGCUGCUGAUGCAGACGUUUGCUCUGGAGAAGAUGGACUGGCCCAAACACUACAGCAGCGAGAAGCUCCUGUCUCUGAUGACCUACAGCGAGCUGGUGAACCGCAGACACGGCCGAGAGCCGCAGCUCCAGCCCCUCAGAAUACAUAAACCACGGGUCAGGAACGGCGUCUCCUGCUUCGAGGUCGUCUGGAAGAAACCAGAUCACUUCGUGUUCUCCGAGGGCCGUGAGGAGCAGACGGAGGUCAGGACGCUGGAGGAAGAGUCUCUCUUCGGUCUGGCCUUUCCUGAGAUCCUUCAGGACUUCCAGCAGCAGAGAGCCGGAGCUCAGAAAAGGAAGCCGAAAGCAAGGAAGGAGAAGCCGUCUGAUUCCCAUGAUGCCGUGUCGGAUCUCUUCGCUCAGAUGUCUCUGAAGACAGAAACGGAUCCGGACCCUGAAUCCUCCCAGAGUCCUCCGCCUCCUGAGACCCGGCCGCCGCUUCCUUCCCAGAAUCCCCUGUCCGAGUCGGCUCUGAUUGGCCAGCUGCACCUCAGCAGUAUAGACUGGGACUCUUCGUCGUUCACGGCCUCGCCGUCCCAGAAUCCUCCGAGCGACAGGACCGACCCGGGACCGGCGGAAAACACAAGCUGUUCCCCUCAGGAGCCACUAAUGACGAAAAACACCCGGAAACAGACGCCCGGAAGUCCUGGACCUGAAGAGCGCUCGGUCCCAGCUAACGGCCGAAAGACCCAAACCAGCAGAAACCCUCACAGACCAAAGAAGAGCUUCGACAGCGAUGAGGAGAACCGACAGCGGCCCCGGGUCAGGUCCAGAGCGCUCAAACCGGCCCGGAACCAGCACACGCUCAGCCAGGUGCAUCAUGGGACGCCCGAGGAGGACUCUUCGGACUCUUCGCUGGACAGCCCUCGCCCGCUGGCCGAGAGACUCAAGAUGAGGUUUGCCAAAGUGACCCAGAACUCAUUCGUUUGAUACGCAGUCUGUCUUUUAAUAAGCAGUUUUAGUCAUAUUUCUGUUUAUCGGAGAGACGCUUCUUUCUUGAUUCUGUGAUGAAUAAAACGUCCAAAAGAGCAGCAUUUGCUUAAAAUAGAAAUCAAAGCCUUUACUAUCGCUUUUUAUUAAACUGACAUCCCUCCAGAAUAAAAGUUUUCAUGUCUUAAAAAAAAAAUUACC